GAAAAAGGUAAAAAAAUCUCUCUAAACCAUCGUCCACGCAAAUAGCCGUCUUCUCCCUCUUGUUUCCACGCCAUCGGAAUCAAUCUCUUCGGCCAGAAUUUCUCAAUUCAGUUCCAAUUUCUCACUCUUCCGAUCAGCUGCCAUUUCCCCUUCUCUUCACUUGCGAUCUCCCUAAACAUACACCCACUCCCAAGAACGCACAACUACUUUAAUCUUGCCCUCCCAAUCAGAAUCAGGAAAACUCCCAGCAAAGGAGGAGAUUCCAGAAAAGUUGUAUGAAGAAAUGAAUGUAUGAAAAGGAGGAGCAGAAACAAUAGGCAAUUUGAUUUGCAAUGGAUUCUAGCACUAAUGAAGGCAGUUAUCAGACCAAACCCAAAUGGAGAAAAGUGGCAUAUGGAGGGAUGCAACCCGGGUUUGAUGACAACUAUACCGAUGAGUCUUUUCUUGAAGAGAUGGUCAUGAAUGCCAAUGUCGUCAAGAGAGAUAUUCUCAAGGUGAUGUUGGACUCUAUUUCCAUCUCUGAAUAUCUGUGCAUUGUGACCCUUGUUGGACUCGUUUGGACGUACACACUCAGAUCGACUCUCGAUGAGGAUUCCCUCUUAUUUCUCGAUAUUGGUCUUCUAGUUUCAGGAUUUCUAAUUCUUCUUUUCACUGAAGAGACACUAUCCUUGAGUCUUCUCUUGCAUUACUUUCUCAAUAUAUCCUUUUUCACAACUGGGUUGUAUGUCUUGGCUCCCAUCUACCAAACUCUCACUAGAUCCAUUAGCUCUGAUUCUAUUUGGGCACUGACUGUUUCACUUAUUAUCCUCCAUCUCUUCUUACAUGACUACUCAGGUUCCACUAUUAGGGCUCCUGGGGAUCUUAAGAAUCCAAGCUUAACCAGCUGCAUUUCUUUAAAUGCUUCUGUUGUGGCCUCUGUUCUUAUUGCUUCUCGUCUUCCAUCACGGUUGCAUGUGUUCGCCAUAAUGUUGUUCUCCUUACAAAUUUUCCUCUUUGCUCCACUGGUUUUUUACUCUAUCAAGAAGUAUUCUCUUCAUCUACAUCUCUUAUUUUCUUUCUGUUUGAUGACGCUCACAUUGGCGUAUGUUUAUUUCCUGCACCAGUUGCUUUUCGUAUUGUUGGCCAGUCUGUUGGUUUUUGUAACCGUGGUUUGUCCAUAUUGGCUCAUACGAAUUCAGGAAUUUAAGUUUGAGAUCAAUGGUCCUUGGGAUGAGGCCAAGCUUUGUUUUGAUAUAAGAGAUUGAGAUUCUGUUAGAAAAAGGGUAGGACAGAAAAUGUAAGAACUUGAGAAGACUAUUUCUAUCAAGGCCAUACCGAAUUUUGAUUCGUUUUAGUUAGAAAAUGCACGAGUUUGGAAUUCGAUUCAUCGUUAAAUUUCUUAGUUAUUUUUCUAUGUUGAUUCAGCUGGCUUUUAUGCAAGAGUAGGGAGGAAAAUCAUGAAAGUGGGAAAGAAUGGGUGAAAGUUUCUGCUCAAAGCUCAUUCAAGCAUGAUGAUAAUUUCAAGUGAUGCUAUGAAUGAUCUAGUAUGAAUACUGAUGAAAAUAUCAAUAGAAGAACAUUCUGCUGUACUUAGAUGCUGACUCCAUGUAUCCUUGUGUCGGGAUCGGGAUUGAUUUAGCGAAAAACGAGAUUAAUUUUAGUGUAGUUCUUGGUUUUGAAGGUGAGGUUUUUUACUUUCUGUCUAAAAUGGAGAAAUUGUUUUUACAGAUUUGUAACCUUUUUAAUGCACACAAGAAAAAAGACCUCAGUUUCUCUGAUAGUAUAGGCUAAGGGUAUU